AUGGGUGAGGUGGGGAUGAGUAAAUUGGAUGUAAUUGCGAUGAUGAAUGAACAACAAACGAUAUUGCAUGGAUCAGAAGGAGAACCAAGGACAUGUCAGAUCUGUUAUGACUUGUCGGAUGGUUUACAUUUUGGGACAUACAGUUGUCGUGCUUGUGCGGCUUUCUUUCGUCGAACAGUCACCCUGAAACUGGAUUACAUUUGCCGAGCUGAUGCGAAAUGUUCAAUUCACAAGUCCGCUCGAAACAUGUGUCGCCAUUGUCGUUAUCAAAAAUGCCUCACCGAAGGAAUGCAGAUUACAGCUGUUCAACAAUCCCGAGACGGUAUCGGCAAACGUAAAGAGAAAGAUCAUCAAGCUUCUCCUGGUUACGUGCCUUCGACUCGACAAGGCUCAAGUCCUCUCGGUGGAAUUUGGACAAAUCACGAAUCGUCAGCCUUCAAGAAACCGAACAACGGGGAUAUAUUGGAGCGCCCAAGCAGCUCAGACGCUUUUUUCUACAAUAGAAACGAAUUGUUCUCAGCCACAGCUCCUGUAGCACCAAUUGCGAAUAUGAUGAUCUCCCCUCCAUAUUCCUCAUUCACUCCACCACCCCAACAACAAAUGAAAAUCCUCCCGAAAAUGCAUGAAGGCUAUCUCCAUUUUCUGUCUAUCCGCAAAGCUACGAACAGUCUUGUCGACAAUCAAAGUAUUCAGGAAAUGUUUGAAGCGAAAGAAACCCUUCGAAUGAGCAAUUUCGAGUCAUCAAAGAAAGUCUGUCAAAUGGAAGCUCAUUUAGUGACAAGCGUUGUCAACAACUAUUUUCAUCCAUUUGCUCAAAUUGAUUUUGAAGAUAAGGUUCUUCUAUUCAAAAACUUCUUUUGUUACCUUUCACACGUCGAUCGAGCCUAUCAAUCGUAUCGAAUGUUCGGCACGGAUGAGAAUGAUGAUCGAAUCAUUAUGCCUGAUGGAGGAUAUAUAAAAUUGAGUGAACUUCAGAAAUAUUACGAGAAUGCUGAAUCGGUAAAAGCGGAUCCAAAAGAAGCUGCGACAAUCUUCCGCCCUGCAAUGGCUUACAUUCUCAACACGAUCAUCGGUCAUAUGCGAAGAAUUCAAAUCACUGAUUAUGAAUAUUUAGCAAUCAUUGCUCUAUUCUUAUGGCAAGAAGGUGUCCCUGGUUUAAAGCAAGAAACGAUCAAGACAAUCUUUGAGACACACGAUCAAGUUUUCAGGGAUCUUCACAUAUACUAUCAGCAACAAGGCUAUGAUGGACCGACAACUACCUCGAAAAUGGCUUCCCUAAUGUUGUUGAUACCAAAAAUGGCGCGCUCCGUCACGAUGAUCAGAGAAAAUUUCGAGUUAGCCGAAUUGUUCAACAUUUUCGAGGUCGACGUCUGCUGCAAAUCGUUUAAAAAUGCUGAUUAUCGA